GUCCGAUGCCAUCCGAUGCUCGACGCCCGGCAUCGCGCGCGAUCGCGUUAAGUCCGAUUAAGCGUUUCAUACCGAUCUGUAUAAACGGGCGUAAUUAACCGCGUUCUUCCGAUUCGCGAGUGUAAGUGCGAAUGUUCCCGACGAGAUUCAUUGAGACGAGCGAUGGGCUGGACUGGCUGGAGCACACGGAAGGAGCAGUAGUUGAGGUUACCUCCCGGCAAAUACCUCCUGCUACCAUCCGUAUCAGUCGCACACGUGAACAACAAUUCGAACGCCGCAGUUUCCUCGCGAAUUCCGUUUCGUUCUCGUCCCACUCCCACCGCUGACGGGGCUGACGAGGCGGGAACGGGACUUUACGCGACGCACCUCGCAAUCCUCUGCUCAAUUCGAGGAACCUGUCCAGCUGUCUCGUGGUCGUGUGCUCAGUCUGACCAACGUAACGGUGCCGGCAACGAUCCUUUCUGCGACAGCUUGCCAACAUGGCGGACGGGACGAGCGAGAAGCUGUCGAAAAACGAGCUGAAGAGGCGUCUCAAGGCCGAGCAGAAGGCCAAGGAGAAGGCUGCGAAGGAGGAGACCAGGACGGCGGCGGCGGCGGCUCAAUCGACCUCAGAGAAGAAGGACAUCAAGGAGGAGGAGAUUAGUCCAAAUGAAUACUUUAAACUCAGGUCAAACUUGGUCAGUCAACUCAAGGCUAUCAAUGACAGUCCUUACCCGCACAAGUUUCACGUAUCGACCUCCCUCGAGGAGUUCAUCGAGAACUUUGGGGAUGUCGUGAAGGACGGUGAAAUGCUCGAGAAGGAGAUGCACAGCGUCGCCGGACGCGUCCACUCCAUUCGACCGUCCGGCGCCAAGCUGAUCUUUUACGAUCUUCGCGGAGAGGGUGUCAAGGUGCAAGUGAUGGCCAACGCGAAAUUUUACGAGGGCGAGGAAAAGUUUGUGGCUGACACCGCAAAGAUCAAGAGGGGCGACAUCAUAGGCGUCGUCGGCAUACCUGCGAAGAGCAAGAAGGGCGAAUUCUCGAUCAUACCACGUCGCGUUACCCUCUUAAGUCCAUGUUUGCACAUGUUGCCGCAUCUCUAUUUUGGCCUGAAGGACAAGGAAACAAGAUUUCGGCAGCGGUAUCUGGACCUCAUACUAAAUGACAAAGUCCGACAGGUCUUUUAUACACGCGCGAAGAUCAUCGCUUAUAUGCGCAAGUUUCUUGACAAUUUGGGCUUCCUGGAGGUCGAGACUCCUAUGAUGAAUAUGAUCGCCGGAGGUGCGACCGCCAAACCCUUCGUUACGCACCAUAACGAACUCAACAUGGACUUGUUCAUGAGAAUCGCUCCGGAGUUGUAUCAUAAGAUGUUAGUCGUCGGUGGGAUCGACAGAGUGUACGAGAUCGGCAGGCAAUUCAGGAACGAGGGCAUCGACAUGACUCACAACCCCGAGUUCACCACCUGUGAAUUCUAUAUGGCAUACGCCGAUUAUGAUGACUUGAUGAGAAUUACGGAGGACAUGGUGUCUGGCAUGGUGAAGGCCAUACAUGGGACCUACAAGAUAGAAUACCAUCCGGACGGACCGGAAGGUAAGGCGUAUGAGAUCGACUUCACGCCGCCUUUCAAGCGCAUCUCGAUGAUGAAGAAGUUGGAGGAGCUUCUGCAGGUUAAACUACCCGAAGCCGAUCAACUUAACACGCCAGCGGCAACUAAGUUGCUUAGCGAUCUUUGUGAGAAGCGCGAGAUCGAGUGUCCUUCACCCAGGACAUCGGCGAGAUUACUGGAUAAGCUCGUUGGAGAAUUCAUCGAGGAGACGUGUAUCAAUCCCACCUACGUUAUUGAUCAUCCGCAAAUAAUGUCUCCAUUGGCAAAAUGGCAUCGAUCGGAGAAAGGCCUUACUGAACGAUUCGAGUUGUUCGUUAUGAAAAAGGAAAUUUGUAAUGCGUACACCGAACUGAACGAUCCGGUCGUUCAGAGAGAAAGGUUCGAGCAGCAGGCAAAGGAUAAAGCAGCCGGCGACGAGGAAGCGCAAAUGGUCGAUGAGAAUUUCUGCACAGCUUUGGAGUACGGUUUACCGCCAACGGCUGGUUGGGGAAUGGGUAUUGACCGAUUAACAAUGUUCCUCACCGACUCGAAUAAUAUUAAAGAAGUAUUGUUCUUCCCUCAAAUGAAGCCGGAUGAUCCGAACAAAAACAAGGAAAUGACUGAAGACGACAAAGCGUCAAACGAUAGUGCAGAAAAAUGAAGUUAAAGUUAUUUAAGAAAAAUACAUAUAAAACUGAUAAUUUGGAAAUAAUUUGAUUCAAAAUUUUUCAUUGAAGUAUAAACGUUAUUUUGUUUUCAAUCGAUGAUUGGCUGCUAAUAGAAUACUUUUGCAAUUUUUAAAUUAUAUUAAAAUAAUUAUAAAUUUA